AUGCGAACAACUCUUCUAUUGUUAACCUUGCUACUGAUACUCUCCUGCAUCUGUACAUGUGCAGCAGCAGAGAGGAUACCACUGCCGGUGCCACGUGUGGGUGGAUACGCUACCGAGGCAAAGAGCAAAGGGAGGCCAGACAAAAUACCAAAUCCAAAAGGCACAGAUCAGACUCCGAAAGAAGUAAACGAAUCGUGGAAUAACGGUGAAUUCACUACCACCACACCAUCUCUCAGUAUGAGUGAGUCCAUGAGUGCCUCUGCCACUCUUCCUCUCACUGACACCACUACUGUUGCCCCAACACCAGAUGAACAACAACAAGAAGGAUCAUCAGAGGGACAGGCCGCCCCUGCUGAGGAGUCAACUACGACGAGCACCGCAGCACCGAAGAAGAAGAAGAAGGACGGCGGCCGCGGCCCUGAGUGGCUGCACGGCCCGCUGGUGCUGCUCGCCGCCCUCACCGCCGCAGCGCUGUGCUGA